AUUCCCUAUCGAUGAAUGAUCACAAACAAUAAAAUAUACGAAAAGUAAGACGUUGUAAUAUUUUCUUUGACGUGGGUGUCCCAAGUGUAGGAAGUAUCUUCCGAUAAGCAGUCGUGGUUUUGGUCGAAAAAAAACAAGAAAUUUAUACGACUUUAUAAACUCUAGCUGUCUAUAUAUAGUAGCAAAGAGCAUCAUACUCUUAUUUUCAACGUACAUUCGAGGAGCACAAAUUAACUUGGAACCAUGUUUUGUGUUGAUUUUUGCAGUUACUUUUUUCCACCAGCUAAAGAUAUUCUGUGAUAAUAACGAAUAAAACAAGCUGUGAAUCUCAAAUACAACAAAUGAUUCGACUCGAUAGCUUACGAUUUAUUCUAGCUAUGCAAUUCUAACGAACAUCGUUAGAACAAAAAAUGUUCGAAAGUAAAAAAUACGUUCUAAAGAAAAAAAAUUAGAAUCAACGUACGUUCUAAGGAAUCCACGUACGUUCGAACUGGGAACAAAAAGUUGCAUCGAAUUGGAACUUCGUAGUUUUUCGAGCGCCAUUUUGAUUGGUUCUCACAUAAUUUACGCAUCACUUGAACAGGCAGACAUAACCUUGCGGGCAUAAUAUCGAUAUCGUGUUAUAUUUGCGGCGUAGCUGUAUAAAGCUGUUGUAAUUUUUUCGGUUUUAUUUCGCAUUAACUAUACCAACAGGCAUUAUUACAUCCUAUGGUCGCUGAUGAGCUCUGAAAACCUUUGAGCAAGCCGCGGCUAGUUGGAGCAUAAUUAGGGCGAAUCGCGUCCACCAAUAGAGGGCAAAGAGGCUCAUAGCCGAACUACCCAUAAGCUUUAUCACAGCUGCCGUUAAUUAUGUAGAAUCAUCAGCAUGUGUGAAGCUUCGAACCACGUGGAACAGAUCGAACAGUGGCAAGCUGUUCUGUGAUUGGUGCGGCGUGCAAAAGCCUUUUGACGUCUCAUCCAAGUCAAUUGAUCGAAGUAACACCGCCUCUUUAAGGUCGGCACGCUUUGAACUAAUACCGCCAAAGGCAACUCGCAAAGUUUCAACAAUUCUGACCUGACGCCCACCAGUCAGAGCGCUUUUCGGCAAGCUUCGAUGUAUACACUCGUUGAGUCGAACAGCCUACAUUGUGAAAGAUAUCGCCUCGUUCGUACCACGUUCACGGCGAGACAUACUUACCGUUAUCAAGUCUAACCUCAACUUCAUAUAAUGCUCUCAUCUUAGCAUUUAGACGUGAAGCACUACAUCUUAUGUUUAUAAAAUAUUUGCUUUGAACCGAAGCGGCCUCGCUUUUGAUCUAUUCUGAAAGAAAGAGCCGAACCCGUCUGAACACUUUAGUUUAUCGGCGUAACGCUUUGAGAAAGGAGUUGUUUUGGAGCCGUCGGUAUCUCGUACGAAAUACUCUCUUGCGUUGUAAAGUUACCAUUUGGGAUUAUUCAUCAACGUAUAUCUGACCUCUAUUCUCGCGUGUACAUGUGAAUUUGUAUUGAUAUUCAAAGGAAGCUAGAAUGUCCAACGAGUAUAGCGACAACUUGACGGGUUUACGGCCAGCACCACCAGGGCAAGAUUCGGAUUCUAGUCUCAGUAUAAACUCAGGGAAAACAGUCAACUACAGUGCUGUACCGAGAAGGCCUUCUAGUAAGGAUAUGUAUGAAAACACCGGGAAUAAAUACACCGACGAUGUUAUAGCACCGCUUGGAUUCGAGCCCGAAGGCAGCGCGACAAAGCCAAACUUUUGCGAAGGCAACUUGUCGCUUAUGGACUUUAUUUCAGACCGACAUGGCCAUUCAUUGUUUAGGGAAUAUCUACGGGAACAAAAACACGAAUCAUUGCUAGAUUUCUGGCAAUCGUGUGAGGAAUUUAAGCGGUUAGCAAACACAGGGUCAAAUCUGGCUACACCGAAAGCGAACUCGACGUAUAACCAUUAUCUGCAUUCAAAGCAUUUGUCUGCUAGUAUUUUACCAGACGCUAUCCGUGCUAAAGUGAAACAUAGGCUAACCUCUGGACAGCCAAAUGAAACAUUAUUCGACCAUGCUAAGGAUUUUAUACUUCAGUACAUGAACGAUUUUCACUACGGGAAAUUCCUCGGUUCGGAUAUUUACAUGCGUUCUGAUGUUUCAAAAGGGACUCAAUCGAAAGAUCGGGUUUCAUCCAAGAAUGUCUCUCGUUUUGGAGCUAAAGGUUUGCCUUCUUUGCCAGAGGAAAAGGUUUUUGAACAAAAUCGUGGCAAUUGGCCUUCUACUGAUGUGAAUGCAAGACCACUGGGACGAGCGCUUGAUGAACGAGAAGGGUAAGAAAAUUUCUAUUUAUCUUGUUAUUGUUCCGCGUGGCUCACAAAAGCUACCGUGGUUCAUUUCACACCGACUAAAAAUAUGUUUUCUUUUUAGAAAGCAUCCCCUUUUAAUAAGAUAGGAAUAAAUAGGUUCAUUAUAUAGCAAAAGAAGCCUUAGUGAUAUAUAUAUGUAUAUAUAUAUAUAUAGCCUACAAUAGAGAAAUGCAUUUAUAUAUAUAUAGAUAUAUUAUACAGUGUAUGUAUGUUCUUUAUUCCGUGUCGGCGAUUGUAAAAGUCGCAAUUAAUUGUACUCAAGUAUGUCUGUGUAGGUUAAAAGGACUUUCCGCUUGUUGUGUGAUAGCGUUGGACGGUUUACGUCCAAACUGAGAUUGCACUAAGUACUAGAUUUAUGUUGAGUGUUGCAUAGUGAGUGUUUUGUCAACUUUUGUAGGAAAACAAACUGACUAUGUCUAUGUUGCAAUUAACAUAAAACCCCUGAGAAUUGAUUUCACUUUGGCGGCAUAUAAAUAAGCUCAUUUCAUUUCAUGAUUUCAAGAUUCCGGGUUUUUUGGCCAUAGCUUCAUGUUUGUAAUCUGUACUUAACAUGAACAAACAUUACAUGUGUAGCCCAAACCCUUCAUAAGCUCUUUAACCUCUCGUGAAAAAAGAGUAUAUCAAUUUUCGAGGUGCGCUGACCCCAGCGGGACGAUUUGUGUUUUAAAAAACACAUUACGGAAAUCUUUGACAGCGCAUUGAUUUGUGUUGUGUAAGGGCAAAACUGAAAAAGCGAAGCAUUUUUGAAGGAUUUUGAGUGCUUGAGAUUGUGCAAAUUGUCUUCACACACAGAUUUUCCGACUGCGUUUAUUAAAUGACACUAAAUUUGCAUGGCAAAAACACCGUUCUGUUAUUGUGGUCAAGGGGCUGCUCUUGAAACUUGCCGCUUCGUCGGUAUCUAUGAUAUUUCGAACCCUGUCGGGCGCUUGUUCCGCGUCUCCGUUUGUUUUCAGCCCUAUGAUCGCUCUUAAGUCCGCCGCAAAUCUAGCUGGUUAAUACUAUACCCCACUUGUCAAAAGAGAUAUCGUUUAGAUCAUUUCAUUUUUAACCUCGCGUGUUUGGAUAUUGGGGAACGCAACCAAAUAUGCGGCUUUUUUCUAAAUUAUAAAUACACUGCUGAGUUUGGACACAUAGAAACGCGCACAUAUUGACAAUGUGUGCAAAUUGGACACAUAUGUUUUUCUAGCAAAACAUUGUAACACUGCGUCCUGUUACAUGCGUUCCCCGUCUGCUUUGUAGAAAAACAUUGGAAAACCACAGAUUAUUCGAAACGCUAAUUGUGACAUGGUAUUGUAGCAAUUUGGCUUGAAAAACGCUUCGCGAUGAAUGUUUAGCGCUUGAAAAAAACGUUGACUACAGUGAAAACCCCUGGAUAUGGAUAAUAAAACUGUUCAUUUUUCCGAUUACAAAACUAUCAACUAAUAUGGGCUGUAGGUUAUAUGUUUUUAGUUUUGGUUUCCACAGACUAAGACUUGUCUCAAGUGGUCAAUGUUUACUCAGUACAUCUUAAAGUAAUCGAAAGCGCUCUCAGCUUCAAGAAUUAGCACGAACUCUGAUUUAAAUAUCGGCGUCUUUAUAUUAAAUGGCAAUCAGUUGCACAAACGCAUGCCGAAAAACAUCAGACACGAUUUGAUUAUAUCAUCUUAUUCAAUAUUUGUCUUGUUUAAAUGGAGCUCACACCGACUUGUAUACGGUACAGGGACAAAUAUUUUUGCCUGUCCGAUUCAAUUAAACGCGCUGUGAAAUGAUCCUCGCUUUGAGAUUAAGUAAUUGACAUUAUACUACCUUUAUAGAAUGAUUUUAAGAUCGAUGUUCAUGCUGUAGAUAUUCAGUCGCAUUCCUGCAAUAUUUAGUUGUUUCUCGGCCUGUAGUUAACCGUAUAUAUAUUGCCUGCCCUGCAUCUAAUGUAUAAUGGUUUAACUUUGAUAUCUUAACUCUAGUUUUUGUUUAUAAAUAUAUGUUAGUCCUGGUAAAAUGCAUCGACAUUCAGUCUGUAGUAAAUGUUUGUAUAAAUUUGAAGAUUGCCUCAGAAUCAUUCUUAAAGAUCUGAACAACUAUUUUGUGGUUUUAACUUGAACUCUUUUCACUGCUGAUAAAUUUGAGUUGAACCGUACUUAUAGUUUCUCCUAGUUUACUCUGUACAUAAUGGUUUUACUACCUUCUACUGUUUCUACAUAAUAGGUCUCUAGACUUAUUGUUCAUCUUUAUCCUCUAGAUAUGUACCGGUAAAUUUGAGCUUAACCAAGGCAGCUAUUGCUGGAAUGUAUCAGCAGCCUGCGCCACCAGUAGUUUCAGCAAAUCAUUCUGAUGUACAGAGCCUAUCCAGUGAUGCACUGACUGACGAUACAAAAUCUACAGUAACUGAGUAAGUAAUCCAUUUCCAACCUAUAAUUUCAAGAACUACAAAACAAACUGUACUCCGAAUCAAAAGCUAAAAGUGACUUGUCUAUUUGUUACUCAAAUGUUACUAGAUGCUUUUACUGUAUUGGGAGUGUUUUUUGUUUUGUAUAACUGUUAUUUUGCCAUGCACUAACUUUUAUUAAAUUUCAUUGGUUUCCCUUUUAGAAAGGAUAGCUCCUGACUUGUUAUAACCAAUGCAUACUUUUAUUAAACUUCUCCCUAUUUUAAAGGCGAUACCUCUUUACUUUUAUGAUGCCAAUAAAUUAUAAUCACUGUGAAAUCAUCUUAACUCCUCAAGCUGGUGUUUAUAUAACUUAGAAACUUGAUAUCGCAUUAGUUGUUUCACAGUCAAACCAGCAUGGUGUGUAUGUGUUAUUUUUCACAUCAGGUUCAGCUGAAAUAAUCUAUCUACCCAGGGAAGCAAGAAUUUUGAUAGCUGUAAUUUCAAAUGGCUAAUUCAUCUUGCUUCAUUAUAAUUCAUGCUCGGCCCCAAAUAAGUAUUUGAGGAGGAAUGAAUUUUAACAAUGCUACUUGGUUUUGUAUGAUUAAAGCCAGAGGGCUUGAAAUAGCGAUCUCAGAUUCCCACGAUCUAGUUUAUUUUUGCAAUCAGUUUGCUCUAAAAUGUUUUGGCAUUCUUCUUUCCUAUUGAAUGUAAUAAGUCAAUAUUAGUUGAUUUUUAUGCCUGUUCUACUACGUUGCACCAAAUGGGCUAAAUUUUAUUGUCUUGAGUCAAAACUAGCACGGCUUGAUUCCCUUGUCGUAAUAUUACUCAGAUUCAAUCCGUUUUCUUAUUGGUUGCAAUGAAUCAAUAUUAAUUGAUUCUAUGUGAUUAAGAGUAAGUUUUGUUGUCUUAACUAAUAUAAAGAAGGUUUUCAGCUGAUAUAAAACAUGUUUGCUUGAUAAUCCAUGUUUGAGACAAGAGCUUGUGUUUGUGGCCAUUCAGGCUGACAACCUGCCCCUGACCUUUGCCCUUAUUUCCUGCUUGAAGAGAUUGAAGACAUUCAUCAAUUACUUUAUCAUGUCAUAUGAACCACUGGAUGUAUGGCUAGUGGUAAUACUGUGCACCGCGUGCAGUAAACAUUAUUGCCUAUCCCUACCUACAUGGCUUGAUUAAAACCAGAAGGCUAUCACAGUUAGCUUUGCUUAACAAGUGUAGAAGAUAAUGUCUUAAGUGUAUGAGAUUGUCAUAACCUAAUGCAAGUCAUUGCUCUCUCUACCCUGUCUUUUUGACGAAAACCAAAAGACUAAAAUUAUCAGGCACAUACAAUCAGGCCUAAAUUGAUCAGACCAGUGCUAUGCUUUUCUAUAACAUGUAUUAUUUUCUGUUUGUGAUAUUCACAAAAACACUUGAUCUUAUCUGAAAUUUUAGCAGUUUUUGCAUUUACGUUUAAUUAAACCCCAACUAAAUGUAGUAUUUUUUUAAACCCUUUAACUCUUCUUAAUCCUAAUCCUACUGUAACUUUAAACCAGAAUCUGACCCAGACCCUACGACCAAUGUUUAUUGAUUUAUAUGGAAGAUAUUUCGGUGUUAAGAAAGAGCCGAAAUGUUUCUAAUAAAGUGCCGGGAAAACCAUCUUAAGAUGUCUAAUAUGUACUAAUCUGUUAGUUUUAGUGACAUGACGUCAAGGUCGAACGAAAGAAGGCCUGGCUUUCAAGGUGUCGCUGGUUUUGUACCUGUAAGUUUGUUGUGUUUAUUACCUAGUAACUCUUACUCAUUUCUAUUACCAAGUGUUAUUUAUAGAGUGUUAAUUUAUCUAUGCCAGGCAAGUGGCUAAGCUCAGUAUGGCAUGGCAAUGUCGACACUUUAUUAUGAUGCAAUAUAACCUAUCCAAAAUGACAUAUACAAUACAAAUCUUGAAGGGUCUGUUCUAGCGAAUGUUGUACCAAUAAUAAGAAAGCUUUGAAUUGAUAGGGAUACAACUGCUAUUAGACUCUUCUUUGAAUGUUAGCAGAAUGUGCACUUGGAAAAGCUACUACUCUAAAUGCCGUUCUUUCGACUUAAGCUGUUGCUCAUAAUCUAAACUAUUACUUUUUAUAUAGCUAUGUAAAUAGUGUUCUAGUCCUUGUCUUUAAUGUAUGUCUACUUAUUGUAUUGUAUCAGGUUGGUCUUCACAUGGGACUCAUGUCCUGUUGACCAUACCUUCAAUCAUUGUUAACAUUUUUGUAUGAUUGUAAAGUUAAUAAAUAAACUCUUGCUACUAACUUCCCCACCACUGGUAUAUAAUAUGUUCAUUGCUUGCAGAAACAGACUCUAUGAUUAUGCAAUGUGAAUUUCUACUUAAGUACGGUAGAUGUAGCAUGCAUGAAAUCGAGGCUCCACAUGAUCUGAACAGGAUUAAGCUUAGCCUGCUGUCAGACCUGUCAUGAACCAAUCAGCAUUAACACUAAGAUGUAAUUUCUAAAAUUAUUCUGCCUUUCACUACUUUUCACACAAGAAGAAUAAAAAAGCCUGCGAUGAAAGACACAACAAAAUAGAUGAAUAGUGAAACCAACUUCCUCAUUUGAAUUUGAUUGACAGGUUUACUCUAAAAGACUUUAUUUGAAAUCCAUAGAUCAAAGGACGGUCAAUGCCAGUGUAGGUAGUGGCAAUAAUAAGAAAAUUUCGGAUUGAUAGGGAUACAACUACCUGAAAAAUAUAAGGAGAAAUUUCCUCAUGAAUGGUCUUUACUCGGAACGGCAAAUUGUUGCAUCAUUCCAAAUGCUUUAGGCACUAUAUUAGUGCAUGUAGGAGGGGUCUAAGACAUUGAUGGCUUUUAACACAUUUCAUAACACCUGUCCUACCGGUAAACUUCAAGAAACUUAAAUGUUGUUUUAAAAUGUUGUAAAGGGUUUCUGAUAGACACGUUCAAUUUGGCGUAUUUAUUAUGUUAUCAUUAUUGGUAUAUACAUAAUUAACUGUUUUCGUACAAAGUUUUGUGAUUGAAUUUUCUUUUUUGCUAAUGCAGUGUGAUUCAUAUGUAUCCAUUAUAUGCUACAAUAUAAUUAUUUGCCAAAAAACAAUAUAUAUAACAACCUGUUACUGGGCAUAAUAUCAGUAAUAGUAGGGUAUGAUUGUUAAAUCUACACCAGCUGCAAUGUUAUAUAAUUUAAUAGCGGGGUAUUACAUUAUGUAGACCAGGUGUAAUAUUGAUGUGGUCUGGUGAUGCGCCCUACUUUAUUGUUUUACUCUGUCUAACGCCAGACAAUUUUACUCGUCAAGGGGAGAUUGCUGCCACUCAAUGGGUUAAUAUAAAUUUGCUUCUUGUUUCAGAGAACCAAGAGACUCCCAAAAGCCAGCAAGCAGUUGCCGCCUGAAGAGUUUGCUAAGAUCUUGAUUGAAAAGUUAGAGAGAGUUGCUAUCGAACGAGAACAAGAGGAACGGACGGCUAUUAAUUUGGCUGGUUUGCCUCAUGAGGUUUGUAAAUUAUGUCAAAUUUAAAUACUGAAAUUUAUGCACUCUGGUACACUGUAUAAAUAUCAUAUAUUGUAUAAAUAUUACGCUGCAUAAAUCUUGUUUGGGGCAGCUGGAUAAUGUGUGAUUAAGUUGCAUUAACUGUGGUUUACAGUUUCAAAUGUUUAAAAGUUCAGGACUUUUCUGCUGAAUAUGCUGCCCAUGUAAAACAUAGUUGAGCAAUUUCAUUAAUUUACCCACUACAGCCUGAUAAUUAAUGUAAGUCACAAGUAUAUUUAUAGUUAAAACUGCUUUUUUAUUGAACCUUAGUAGUUACAUUAAUAAUAUGGAACAAAAAUUUCACGCCGUUUUUUAUAUGAUUGUAAAAAAAUUCAAAUUGACCAAAUACGAUACUUUUUCAACUUAUCUUCACUUGCUUCAUUCUUGAGGUUUUUAAUAAUUUUCAAAAUGCAAACUAUCCACAUUGCAUAAUAACGUUCUGAAAAUAACUUCAAGAUCCUGCGAUAUUGUGCUUUCACAUCGUAAAAAAAAAAUCAUGUGUUAUGUCAACAUACUGCAAACAUAUAUUUAUAUGUCGACAAAUUUUCAAGAAUCAGUUAUCUACUUGUCUACAAGAGUUAUAAAAAAGUCUUUUCAGAAAGCCAUAAUAUAAUUUGAUGUCAUUGAAGUGAGGAUAAUUUGCAUGUCAAACAAUGUUGAAUAUCUCAAGAACGCAGUAAGUCGAAAAGUGGCAAAAUAUCUUAACUUGUCAAUUUGCAUUUUCUUCACAAUCUAAUCACAAACAAAUGAUGUGAACUUUGUUUACAUUGAACCUUUUGUUACUAACUGGUUUUAUUUUGCUUUUCACCUUCGUGUGAUGUAUACAUUGUAUUGCACAAAGGUGAGAUGGCAAUAUAUCUACAGGUAGCUUUUGCCCAAAAUUAAAUGUCUUGAAAUACUUGGCACAAAAAACUGUAAUAAUAAAAUUAAUUAUUCUAUUACAGGUUUUAUAGUUUGUUUUUUUUAUUACAGGUUUUAUAUUUUUUAUUACAGGUUUUUUAUUACAGGUUUUUUAGAUUUAGUCUGAGUGUUGUAUAUGUUUUGGUGAUUUUAACACAAGUCUUAAGUAUAUGUAAAAUUUCAUUUUUAGCAUACACGAGGAAGCAAGAAGUCUAUUUUGGAAGAUGCCGCCGAAAGACAUCAACAAUACCAGCAGUUUGGAAGAUUUGGGUUAGGGCUACCUCCACCGAAUUUUCAGGAACCCAGCUAUCCUGUUCCUUCAAACGCAAUGCCCCAGUACGUUCAUAUUGGAUAUGUUGAACAACAGGGACUAACAGGAUAUUACCCAGCGUCUGUGGAUAAUAGUCACAAUACUAACCUGGAGAAACGCAAGUGUGUGCCUUUGGGGAAUACUAAAAAACAAUGGGAAAGUGUCGGGACUAUCGAGUCUGCGCCGGACAGCGGGGUUAACAUUGAGGAGGACUUCAGCAUGCAGCCCGAAACCCGUAACCGAAUCCACGAAUGGAUGGAUCACAGCGAGAAGGAAGUAUGUCGAGGAAAUUAUAAUAAGCCAAGGACAAAACAAUUGUAUAAUGCAGGAUUAUCUGGCCCAAUUCAUGGGACAAUGCAUUUAGCACCUGUUGCACAAGAUCCAUUAAUGCCUCCGUUAGAUCUACCUGAUUCACGGAAUACUAUCGAAGAGGUUUCACGACGACUCUCACAGAAACAUGUGCGUGAGAAACGAAGUAAAUCACAUAAAAAUAGGUAAGAGUUAAGACUACUUUUACGGCACCACCCACACACAAACAGAAUUUUUCCUUUUCCGCCAUUUUUGGGGUACUUCCUUUUCCAAAUCUGAAAUUGUACACAGUGCAUAAGGGAUUUGUAUAACUAUAAUUGUGAGUAUAAUCAUUAUAAGUUAACUAACAGUUAAAUAUUUGAAAAAAUGUUUUCACAUUGCUUAGAUUUUUCACUUCCUUUUCAAAAAAGUAUCCCAAAAAUGGUGAAUUUGGCCUUCGUGAGAAAUUACUACAGCAAAUUCUAAUUAGGACUCAAUUAGAACUUAUUUGAAUGUAACUAAAAUUCAAUUCUUCUCUAGAACUGGUUAUUUAAGUAGCAAAGCAUCUCAAGCCACUUGUCCCCAGUUUCCUACGGACUCAAAAGAUUGCUUGUCCUCAGUAGUCUCUGGAGACUUCCAUCCUGCGGCAAUGUACAGUUCAUCCUCAGCCCUAUCCUCUGUACCAUCUACGGUGAACAGCAAAGACAGUGGCCUUGGUCGUGCACAGAAGGGUACGAGACCACCGGAGGGUACAAAAAUUGUUUACUAUUUGGAUGGUGAAAGAUACCCAUAUCAAUCGAUUUUGCCAGAUACGAAAGUUUGUUUGAGACAAUUCAAGGAACUGAUUGCCUUCAAGAAAGGAAAUUAUAGGUAAUUAUCUCUCCACGAUUACAAAAAAUCUCAGUGUUAGCCAGAAGUAAAAAAAACCCGCGUUUACCUGAAAUUGGGAAAUUUAUUUUAGCCUGAAGCCGGGCAUUUCUUUGUGGGGGGUCUAUGCGGUUGCCCCCUCUCGAUUUUUAAAAUUUUUGUGUCUUUGAAAUGGCAUUUCCCGCAUUUUGGGAGUAAUUUUGAGCAAAUGUAGGUAUAAACAUGUUUUUAAUGGUGUAUUAACAACAUUGAAUUUCUAUAACUAUUUUUUUGGCUGACCCAAAUUGGGAAAUUGCGACCUCAAGGUAAUUGGGAAAACCGUGUUUAAAGCAGAAUUUUUUACUGUAGUUAACACCCUGUAAUUGGCUCUUAGUUAAUCAGUGGUUGAGCCACUGGUCUCAGAAUAGGACUGGAUAGUGUGGUGCAUAAAUAUACACCUACCAUAAAGUACUUGAAAAAUAAACGCUGACUUCAUUUUCCAUACAAUAUUAAACAGUCCAGUCAUAUUUUGAGAUCAGAUAUUGCUAUGCUGAAAAAGGGUAGUCUUGAAAAACAGCUCAGCACACCUUCCCCUCUUAGGUGGUACAACCCCCCUGAAGAAUCUGCACCAUUGUUAGCAGUUUGCAAACUAGAUCGUGUUAACCUCUCCUGACAAAUAGAGACAUUCGAUUCAGUUUGACUAUGACUACCUCUCACUGGCUUAAUACAUUACAUUAUUCAGCUCAUUUCCCAUUGGGGCUUUUCAGUAAGCUCAUGUUACUUGCUUAGCCUAGAGUAUUUAUAUUUACAACAAUUGUGAUAUUACUUUCCUAACUGUGUUUAUCCUAACCCACCCUGUCAACUUUCCCAGUGGGAGGAAACCGGAGCACCCAGAGAAAACCCACGACUUUCGGCAGAGCGUUGACUGACUCUUUCACAUGAGUCUGUAGUGAGAAUCGAACCCACGAAGUCAGAGGUGAAAGGCGCUUGCUCUAAUGAUUGUGCCACAGAAGCUCCAUAAAUACGCAUUUCGGAAAUCAAAAUCUGAACUUCUCCAUUAUCCCAGGGUGAACAUUCCUUUUAAGAUGAAAUACCAUAACACUGGCUAGGAAUAUCAAAACUUUGCCGCCUUGGAGGUCAAAUUUUUUUUUGAUGACUACCAAUGUACCAAAACAGAAAUUGAUCUCGCCAAUAACCUAAGGGUUAACCUUGUCAUUGUGGGUUUCAGACAUUGAGCGCGGUAGUAUAAAAUUACAUUUACCUAGCAAUUUCUUAAUUUAGAUCUGCCAAAAAUAGCACACAACUGUUAUGAAAAUAAAAUGAAAAAUAUAAGAUUGUUCAAAACUGUGCUCAAGAAGAAUUUGGAACGACAUCAGUGUUGCCAGGAUGCCAUAUCUAACCUAAAAUAUAUUUGUCUGUUUUUACUAUACGCAAAACAGUUGACGUUGAAAGGUUUCUAUUUAGCUCAACUAAUUAGCGCCUUGCCAUGAGAUUAACACGUGAUGGAGGCAACAUUCAGAUAUAAUAAGAGACAUUUCUUAACUUGGCCUUGGGUCUGAAUGUCACGGCCUACGUAACUGAAUUUCAGUUGAAAUUGAUGGGGAUUUUUUUUCUUGGCUAUAAACACCCUGUGGUGAAGUAUUUCACUAUUUCUCCUAGCUAACAGCCUGUGGUUACUAAACACUCGAGAAAGUACUUUUUUAAUAACAAGAAUUCAUGAAAUUUCUUACCAUCCGGCUGAGUUGGCAAAUCUUGUAGUUUUAAGAAGAUUGUUUACAGUAUUUGAAACUGCACCCAAAGCUAACGAAUAAAGAAAUUAUCAUACCACGUACAAAUCACAAGUAUCACUCGGAGAAGCCAAUUAUAUAUGUUUCAGUGUUUGCCGAAAUCUCAUUUUCGAUGUUAGAACUACACCCACAGCCAACGGGCAACUUUGGGGAUAAAGAAAAUACUAUUAUACGUGGUAAAAAGAUUACAAAACACACUCGAAAAAGCCAAUUAUCUAUGUUUGCCGAAAUCUCUUUUGCGAUAUUAUCUUGUUAAAAGGUUUAAAAAAAAACCAUAAAGGUUGGCGUUGAAGUGCUUUUGUUGGAAGCAAAUCAUGCAUGGUUCCUAACCACACACUGGUUUUCAAAACGACGCAAAAAAACAUGAUUGAUGUUCAUGUCUAACUUGUAGACUAAACAUUGCAACUAGUUUAAUUGGAUAUUUGUCAAAAUUAAACAUAAUAUGGUUAAUCACACUGUCGAAGUUUCUGUGAGCAUAGUAGGAAUUUUGCCUGGGUAAAGUCUACUGAGUAAGUUUUGAAGGAUUUGUAAGAAAUAUUUAAGGAAACCGACUCAAUGUUUAAGACUAAGUCAGUUCCCUCAAACAUUUCUUACAAAUCCUUCAAGUGUAAAGCGGCCUUUAUAUAAGUUCAAGGUUUAUUUUGACUUGAAAGUUAAGUGUUUAACAAUUUUAGAAACACAAAAUUAUAAAGAAGUAAGGUUUCGAGAAUACUCCAUUUCCACCAAACAUUGAUUACCAAUGGUUCAACAAAACGAUCGGAAAGUUGGUUUAUGGUAAGGGGAAAUUGGCUCAACCCCUCAUUUUGUAUGCUCUGCCUCUGGUCACCUAGGAAAGCCGUCGUAGGAAAAAACGUAUAAAACAUACUGUGUCUUAAACAACCACGGUCUUGUAAAACCCUUGAGAACUUUGUUUCACAUUUGCCGCCUUCCGGAGUGAUAUUACUUAUUUCAGCUAUUAUGAAAGUGGCUUCGUCGGUACUUAAAAUUAACGAGCCUUGAACAUUUGUGUUUGAAAAUGUUAAUUGGCUUUUAUAGAAUAUCUUAUUUAUAUUUCGUUAAUUUUUGAAGCUAAUUUUACUAUUUCUGGUUUGUUCCAAUAAAUGAAAAGAGCCGUAAUUUCUUAAUUACCAUCAGCUUGCACGCGAUAGCAACCCACCUAUUCUAGAUCUAUUUCAAAAUUAGAGAAAAGAACGCUAAUGAAAUAAUUACAUGUAUCUAAAUGUACAUUCUUAAUUUCAGAUACUUCUUUAAAACUGAAACGGACGAAGAGGAUUGUGGGGCGGUUUACGAAGAAAUUCGAGACGAUGACGCGCUCCUGCCUUGCUACGGCAACAAAGUAAUUUGUAAAGUCAAGGAAUCGAAACAUGAAUAAAUAUAUUUAGUUAAAUAUUCAGCUAAUAUUGGAAUACGGGUAGAAUAUGGCUGGACGAGAAGAAAUAGUCGGGGUUAGAGGUCUGGAACUGACGUCCUUCUCACUCCAGUUCUAUAUGCAGCUCAGUGUUACAGGUCUGCAAGCAAAGUUAUUGUCAAGCCGAUAUCCGAAUGUAUUCGCAGUGCUUGUUCCCAGUUGUUAUGACAAGCGUGGAACAAGUUGUUGUUGCCCCUUGACAUGCGGGUUCCAACAAGACUACAUACGUAAAAACGCACAAGUUGUAACGAACCUGCAGCAGACUUGUAGCAAUGCUGUUCCAACAACUUGUCAACAGGAUGUGUUCGCACUGCUUGUUCCCAGCUUGUUGACAACUUGCUACAAGGUUAUUGAGUUCAACAGACUUGUUACAAGUUGUUCCAACAACUUGUUAUCGUCCUGUAAUUCAACAAUUUGUCAACAGGUUGUGAGUGACAACCUUUAGCAACUUGAUAAAAUAACAGCGUUGUUACAACUUGUUGACAAGCUUGCUACAAGUCUGUUGCGAACACAUCUUGUUGACAAGUUGUGAGAUUUUUACGUGUGUAAUGCAGGCUGUUCGUAACAAGUUGCUACGAGCUUGUUGUCAUCAACUUGUUAACAACUUGUUACGUGCAGACGAUAUCAGACUUGAUGGAACUAUAUCAACUCGUGAUAAUAUAACACAUGAUCAAUAAAUCGAUAGUGUUGAUGAAUCAUGAUGAUGAUUUAGCCCACUCUCUGAUCCCAAUUCUGUUUCAUCUCUCCAGCCAGAAUAAUAUGUGUACAUAGUUUUAUAUGAAACUGUAAAUUUACGGAAAUAUUGUAUAGUGUAUGCUUGUAUAUAGAACAUUCACAGCUUAUAAUAAUAUUUUGAAAUAAAUAACACCAUUUUAUUCACUGAACUUAAACUGCGAGUGUUUGUUGUGUGUGUGAACGCCAUCAGGU